AUGAACCACCCAAUUGAUAGACUUUGGAUUGACGGGUGCUUUGAUUUCACUCACCAUGGGCAUGCCGGGGCCAUUCUGCAAGCCCGGAGCUUGAUACCACCAGCAAGUACCGAUUCAGGCGUGUUGCUGUGCGGAGUGCACAACGACAAGGACAUUACGUACAACAAGGGUGGGAAACCCGUUAUGACACAGCUCGAACGCUAUGCCCAUACUCGUAGCAAUCGUUGGUGCAGCGAAGUGGUCGAGGACGCACCCUAUGUGACUCAACCACAAGUUCUGGACGCUCACAAUUGCUGGUACGUGGUGCAUGGCGACGACAUCACAACAGAUGCGAAUGGCGAGGAUUGCUACCAACAGGUGAAAGAUAUGGGUAGAUUUCUGGUGGUAAAACGUACAGGAGGUGUCAGUACUACGGACAUUAUCCAUCGUAUAUUGACUGGAAUCACAACAAGUAGCGAUCCAUCGCUGUGCGAGAGCCAUACCUCCGAAUUGACACGAUAUGCGUCCAAUUCAGACGGCCGCAGUCCUUGGUGUUAUGUUUUUGAUGGAAAGGCCUCAGAGGACAAAAUGGUGGUACGUGGUGGAUUCGAGUGGAUCUCACACAACAUAGUGUACAUUGAGGGCGAUUUUGACUUAUUUCAUGUUGGCCACAUUGAUCAGCUCGCAGAAUUGCGUGCUCGCCACGGUCCUGAACAAAGGUUGGUGGUAGGAGUCUCGACUAGGGAUGAUUGCGUGAUGACACCCCUUGAACGAGUUCUUGGUGUGCUGAGCUGCAAAUACGUCGACGCAGUGGUGGUGGAACCACACACUAGGCCUGAAGUGGAGAAAAUUUGGCAUCUAGACGACCCUGAACUAAAAACUGGACCGUUUGCAUAUUUGGACAAGGCUACAAUCCUCAAACGAAUUGUCGCGGAUCGCGACCAUUAUAUUGCCCGCAACACUAAGAAGGGUAUGUCCGGUUACUGA